AUGAUUUUUGAAGAAAACCAAAUGGAAAAUAAUGAAUUAAUUAGCAACAGCAAAAUAACUGGUAAACCAAAAAUGGUAAAUAGAUCCAAAAAAACUGUUGAAGAAAGAUACCAAAAGAAAACUCAAAUUGAACAUAUUUUAUUAAGACCUGAUACAUAUAUAGGAAGUACAGAAUUUCAUGAACAAACAUUAUGGGUUUGGGAUGAUUCAAAUAAGAAAAUGGUUUAUAGGACCAUUAAUUAUGUACCUGGAUUAUAUAAAAUAUUUGACGAAAUCUUAGUUAAUGCUGCAGAUGUUAAAGCUAGAGAAAUUUCUACUAAAAGUAAUCAUUUUAUUGAAAAAUGUACUUGUAUUAAAGUUGAAAUAAAUAGAGAGAAAAAAGAAAUCACUGUUUAUAAUGAUGGAGAAGGAAUACCAAUAGAAAUACAUAGAGAUCAUCAAGUAUAUGUUCCUGAAUUGAUUUUUGGCCAUUUAUUAACUUCAGAUAAUUACGAUGAUAAUGAAGAUAGAGUUACUGGAGGGAGAAAUGGUUUUGGAGCAAAACUUACAAAUAUCUUUUCUAAGGAAUUUAAAAUAGAAUGUGGUGAUAAUAAUACUGGAAGAAUCUUUAAGAUGACUUGGUAUAACAAUAUGUCCAAAAAAAGUGAGGAAAAUAUUAAAGAGAAUUACUCUGGAAAAUCUUAUGUUAAGAUUACUUUCAAACCCGAUUUAUCAAGAUUUGGAAAUAUGAGUGAUUUUGAUGAUGAUAUUGUAUCAUUAUUAAAUAAAAGAGUUUACGAUAUUUCUGGUACUUCUGGUGUUAGAGUAUAUUUGAAUGGAACUUUAAUUCCUAUUAAAGACUUUAAAUCAUAUACAUUACUUUACUUGAAGUCAAAAAUAAACAAUAAUAAAGAGAGUUCUGAUAUUGCUCAUGAAGACAAUAUCAAUACUAUUGAAAACAAUGAAAAGAGAAACAAUACAAGAAAAUUGAGAAAUGCAAACAAAAAAAACGUUAAAAGUGAUGGUGAAGAUGAGAAUUCUAACGGUUUUAAUGAAAAUGACCAUGAUGAAAGCUUUGAGGAGGAUUUUAUGGAAGAUGAUGAAUGGGAUGAUGAACCAAAGACUUCUCGUUCUAAGAAAAAAAGCUCAGUUUCAAAUUCUAAGAAGAAGAAAUCAGGACAAAAUAUUUCAUCAUCUUUUUUCUCUUCUUCUUCCUCUUCAUCCUCCUCACUAUUAUUAUCUGGUGGAGGUAAUGAUACAAAUUCUCCUCUAAUAAUAUACGAGAGUGUUCCAAAGUGGGAAAUUGUGAUCAGUGAGUCAGAAGGAGGACAAUUUCAACACGUAUCUUUUGUGAAUUCAAUAUGCACAAUUAAAGGUGGAACUCACAUAUCUUAUGUAUUGGAUCCUCUGAUUAAUGCUAUUCUUAAGAAAGUUCAGACUAAAAAUAAAGGAGGAAUGGAUGUUAAGAGCCAUCAUGUUAAAAAUCACAUUUGGAUCUUUAUUAAAUGCCUUAUAGUAAACCCAUCUUUUGACUCUCAAACUAAAGAAACAUUAACAACGAAAGUAUCAAAAUUUGGAUCAACCUGUUUAUUAUCUGAAAAAACAAUAAAUAGUGUUGUAAAAAGUUCUAUAGUAGAAAAUGUAUUAAUGUGGGCUCAGCUUAAACAAAGUAUGGAGUUAAAAAAGAAAAUGAAAUCAAACCAAAAAAAUACAGUAACUAGUAGACUAUUAGGAAUCCCAAAAUUAGAGGAUGCAAAUGAAGCAGGUGGACCUCACUCUAAGAAAUGUACUCUAAUACUUACUGAAGGAGAUUCUGCAAAAACUUCUUGUUUGGCAGGACUUUCAAUUGUAGGUAGAGACUAUUUUGGUGUAUUUCCACUACGUGGAAAACUUUUAAAUGUUAGAGAAGCUUCAUUUAAACAACAAAUUGGUAAUGUUGAAAUACAAAAUAUUCUUAAAAUAUUGGGAUUAGGUAUUGGACAAAAGUAUGAUAAUGGACCAGUUAACUUAAGGUAUGGAUCUUUAAUGCUAAUGACAGAUCAAGAUCAUGAUGGGAGUCAUAUUAAAGGGCUAAUAAUUAACUUGAUACAUUAUUACUGGCCAAGCUUAAUUCACUUUAGAGGUUUUUUAAAACAAUUUGUUACUCCAAUUGUUAAGGCGAAGAAAGGGCAAAACGAAAUUUCAUUCUUUACUCUGUAUGAAUAUGAACAAUGGAGAAAGAAUAAUUCAUCAAAAUUAACUGGAUGGAAGUUCAAAUACUAUAAAGGUUUAGGUACUUCUACUGAUCUUGAAUUUAAAGAAUAUUUCACAAAGAUUGAAAACCAUAGUAUUGAAUUUGACUGGAUGGAUGAACAAGAUGAUGAAGCUAUUGAUAUGGCAUUUAGUAAGAAAAGAACGGAAGAUAGAAAAAAUUGGAUUGAAUCAUAUAAAGAGGGAACUUAUGUUGACUAUUCUAUUAAUAAUCAAUGCAGAAAUUUAAGAUAUUUUGAUUUUAUACAUAAAGAACUUGUAUUAUUUAGCAGAUAUGAUACUACUAGAUCUAUUCCAAAUUUAUUAGAUGGAUUAAAACCUGGACAAAGAAAGGUACUUUUUGCAACAUUUAAGAAGAAACUUAAUAAUGAACUUAAGGUUGUACAAUUAGCUGGUUAUGUUGCUGAACAUAGUGCUUAUCAUCACGGAGAAUCUUCACUACAAAGUACUAUAGUAAAUAUGGCUCAAAACUUUGUUGGAAGCAAUAAUCUAAAUUUAUUAGAACCAUGUGGUCAAUUUGGUAGUAGAAAGGAAGGUGGAAAGGAUGCAAGUGCUGCUCGUUAUAUAUUUACUAAACUAUCUAAAUGGACUAGAUAUAUAUUUCCAGAAGCUGAUGAUCCUUUAUUAACUUACUUAUAUGAUGAUGGACAACAGAUUGAGCCUUUGUAUUAUGUUCCAAUCAUUCCAAUGAUUCUAGUUAAUGGUACUGAUGGUAUAGGAACAGGAUGGAGUAGUUCAGUUCCUAACUACAAUCCAAAAGAUAUUAUUAUGAACUUGAAAAGAAUGUUAAAAGGUGAGAUAAUGGUUCCAAUGACUCCCUGGUACAAAUCUUUCAAAGGGAAAAUUGUUCCUAUAAAACAAAAAUCUAAAAAAAGUACAAUAAACAAUGGUGGAAACAAUAAUAACAGAAGAAGAACUGCAGUUAGUGGCUUUGGUAUUGGAAGCAACAGUAAUAUUUUGGCAGGAUCCCAAAUAGAUGUUGAAGACGAAGAUUUUCAACAGAUUCAGAAAACAAAUAUAACAAAUAGUGGAGUUGUUGAAGAGAGUUUAGAGCUUGGAGCAAAUUACGAGACUUUUGGAAAUUGGUACAAGAAGAAUGAAGAAACUCUGGUGAUCACGGAACUUCCAGUUAGGAGAUGGACACAAGAUUACAAAGAAUGGUUGGAAUCAACUUUACUACCUGCUCCCAAUGCAGAUAGUGAUAAUAUUGAAAAUUCGUGGAUAUUGGAUUACAGGGAUAAUUCAUCACAUGAAAAUGUUCAUAUUACUGUCAGGAUGAGACCAGAGAAGUUACAACAAGCAGAGCUUGAAGGUAUAGAAAAGAUUUUUAAGCUUAAAUCAACUUUGUCAACUAGUAAUAUGACUUUGUUUGAUCAUAAUAGUAGAAUUGUGAGAUAUGAAACGGAAUUGGAUAUUUUAAAGGAGUUUAUUCCUAUAAGACUAGAAAUGUAUGAAAAAAGAAAAAAGUACUUACUUUCUAAAUUAAAUUAUGAGAAGUGUAUACUAGAGCAAAAAAUCUUGUUUUUAAGAUUAGUUAUUCAAGGAUUUAUCGGGUUAAGUAACAAGAAUAAGGAGGCUUUAGUUUCAGAACUAAAGAAAAACAAUAUUAAGUCCAUUAAGCAAGUUCAAGACUUGACCCAAUGGAAAGGAGGAAACUUAGUUCAAGAAAUUGGGGGAAUAGAAAAUCUAGCAUCAGAUGGCCCUGGGGAUACUUUAACGGAUGAUACACAAUUUAUAUCAGAUUCACUUGAUUAUUUGGAGUCUUCACAGCACGAUGGGGUGAUGAAAAGUAGUUAUUCGCGUGAAGGUAGUCAAGGAAAUGAGCUGAAACUAUUUGAUUACCUACUUUCUAUGCCACUUUGGAGUUUGACUAAAGAAAGGAUGGAACUUCUGGAGGCUGAGUUACUUAAGAAGACUGAAGAAUACGAAAAAUUGUUAAAAACAGGAAUUGAGGAAAUUUGGAAUAUUGAAUUGGAUGAAUUACUUAAGGUGAUUGAGGAAGAAGAAACACAAGAGGAGAUGAUUGAAGCUGAACACAAUAGUUUGAUUCAGAAACGAAGGCUUUCUGUAGAUUGGAAUGAUCUUAAGAAAAAAACAGGAACUUCUCGAAAAAGAAGGAACGAAACAGCUAAGAAACAGGAGAACAUCAAGGCAAAACAUCCUCAAAAAACCAAUUCAAAGAAAACUACAAAACCUACAAAGAAGAGUAGGAUUGGCGACUCUGAAUCUGACGAAUAUAUUGAAGGAGAUGAUUACAGUGAGGAGGAUCAUCACUAUGGUGACUUUGACGAUGUUUUAGACGGUUCGGAUGACUCCAAUGAUUUCGAUGACAUAGAUAAUUUCGAAAGCAGUGAUUCUGAGAAGGAAGGAAUCGACGAUCCUGAAAGUGAAUUUGAAGAUUUCAGUGAUAGUGGAAAGACAAGUAAAGGAAGACGUACUCAAAAAGUGUCAAUUAAGAAGUCCAAAUCAGGUGUUCAGGGAAAGACAAACUCAAGCAAUGUAAAAAAAGCUAAAAAUAUUUCUUCUUCACUAAGUAAUAGUUCAAAGGAAAACAAACAGGGCUUAUUCAAAUCAUCUGCAUGCAUUGAAGGUGAUUCCUUGAGUGCUGGUAAUAUUAAUAGUAGCAUUACCAAUCUGGGGAAAUCAAAAAACACUAGUAACAUUAACAAGGAGGUAUUGAAAAGUUCUUCCCCAAAACCUUUAGAAUCCAUAUCUCUGUUGCAGAGAUUGCAACAAAGGACCAAUCUAGUUAAUAGCUUUAAUCAGAGCCACAGUUCCUUUUCUUCCAGUUUAAACAAAGUUACUUCUACAGAUAAUUCUUCCAAAGAAAAUGGUCCAGUGAGCAAGCAGACUAAAAUCACAGACAUCUUCAAGAAAGGAGCUAUCGGAGACUCUGAGAAUGGGGUAGCCAAAUCCGUGAAUCAGAAGAAGCAAAAUAAUCAAAUUAGCAGGACUAAGGGGGUUCCCACAUCUAAAAGAGGAAGGAGGAAAACCAUUAUAGAGAGUGAAGAUGAAGAAGAGGAGGAAGAAGAGGAGGAGGAAGAAGAAGAAGAAGAAGAAGAAGAAGAUGGAAUUGAGGACAAUGAGUCUUUCAGCGAUGUUUCCAGUGAUUCCUUAAUGGAGAGCGAUUUUAGUGAAUAA